CGGGCCAGUUUGAACUUGAUGAUCCCAGAGUAGCAAUGACAGACAGGCCGCAAAUUGCCUGAAGUUUAUGAGUCAGUGGCCAUAUAUCUCUGUAUUACCUGUCAGCCUUGCGAAGGGAAAAUGAAGCAUUAAAGAAGUGAGGUAAGCCUUCUUUUUGUUGGCAACUUCAAACAAUACGCAAGACGACCCCUCCGCCGAUCCUCUCUAUCUUACCCCUGGGACGUUAGCAGGGCCCCCCACUACACUUUCAACCCAGCUUAUCUUCUUUGAGGCAUAGCGCUUCCAGAUCACUUAUCAUCAUUCAGCUCAUAUAUACCCGGAAUCUGGAGAAUCUUAUACAAGUUAUGGAGAAGACAGAACAAACAUCACUGUAUGGGUUCGACUCGCAUGAGACUGCCCUAUGUGUUAUCCCUCCUCGUGGACUUUGGCUAUCAGUGGAUCGCCUGAGAAGUCUUUAUGAUAAGGCAUAUUCAGCGUGGCCUCCUCACGUUAAUCUUAUCUACCCAUUUGUCCGGCCUGAAGUGCUGGGGAAUGCAGCUCAAGCACUUGAAGGGCUUGUGAUACAAAAUCGGCCUCAUCUUGCACUCAAUGUUGCUGACUGUUUCAAACAUAAAAAUCGCAACACUAUCUUUCUGGGUUCGAACUCAGAUUCUACUACAACCGAGCUCUCAAAGAUCAGGGAUAUAAUCUACAAUGCUCUUGGCCGUUCACAUGGAGCUCAAAAUGAACGCUUCGUUCCUCAUAUGACCAUCGGUCAGAGUGAAGACGCCGAGGCUGCCCCCCAUCAUUUUCUCCUCGAAAAGGCCCGCCUCUUGGCACCGAUAGAAUGGGAAGUGAAAGAAAUUGCUAUUCUUAUUCGCGACGGCGCACUUGCGCAAGGCGGAAGCGGACCACGGCCUAUGAGGCUUUGGGGGACUCUAGAUCUUGAAUCGGGAACCUUCCAUCGGAUAACACCGCCUCAAAGUUUUAAUGAUCAUCUAGACGAAAUGUCUACUAUUGCUUUCCAGCCAUGCUAUCACUCGAUCCAGUCUUCAGGGGCCUGGGAAAUGGCUGAGUCGACAAACACAUCUCCGGAUACCAACGAGGUCAUCCUUGAACAAUUGGUUGUUGCUUCUUAUAAUGUAUUGGCAGAGUUUGAGUGGCCUCCUCAAUCAUAUCGGCAUCCAGCUCUGGUGGAAAAUCUGCUCUCAGCUCGUGCUGCUGCCGAUAUUGUUGUUCUCCAAGAAGUCACAGACCAUUUUCUUCCUGACCUCCUCGCCAACAAGGAUAUACGUAGUCGCUAUCCUUUCGUCACUCAUGGGCCCCCAGAUCAGUCCGGUAUUGGGCCGCUACCUAGCCUCCUGAACACUGUCGUCUUGAGUAGAUUUGCGUUUGAAUGGCACUAUCUCCCAUUCCAUAGGAAGCACAAAGGCUGCACCGUGGCCCGGUUUCCCGGCAUCGGCACACGAGAUGUUGACGAUGAGAAAUUCAAACCUUGGAUCCUUGUGGCGUGUCAUCUGAGCCAAGGGCUUACUGACGGCGCCGUCGCCACCAAAAAGAAAGAAGUCCAGAAGAUGCUCGAUUAUCUGUCUGCCACCUUUCUGCAACAUCCAUGCAUCAUUGCUGGGGACUUCAAUCUUGCGACUUCAACUUACACCAUUGGUGCUGCCAAGAAAAAGCAUGAUAUUUCUGCCCAAACUGUUCGUCACUUGCGAGAUAUUGACCGGGCUAUCUCGGAUUCUGGCUUCUUAGAUACAUGGCUGGCAACGAGACUGGAGUCGGGCGAAUCUUCAGACAUAGCUAACGAGAAGAGGAACGUCCUAGACUCUUUCCAGGGAGAGCAAGGCGCUACUUUCGACCCACUGACAAACACACUGGCGUCUGAUCUUGUUGGAAAUGGGUUGAAUAACAGACCGCAGAGAUAUGACAAGAUCUUGAUCAAGGCAAAUGGUCACUAUAACCCGCAUGGUUUCAAUACGUUUGGUCAGACAACCUUCGAGUCACCGGAGCAGGGCGGUCCCACAUACGCCAGUGAUCACUGGGGCAUAAGAUGCCUUCUGGUAAAGUCGUCACCUUCUGAUAUGUCUCGAUCUUGUGUUCCUGAGAUGAAAAUUGCACUUCAACAACCUCCUCCUGGCUUGGCUAACAGCGAGAGCUUGGAGGACUUCUUGGAAGGUCGUGGAUGCUUGCCGAAUGAGCAGGAGAGGACCGACCGGGUUGAAGCGAUCAAGACCCUCGAAAUGGUUCUCAAAGAUGCUACAUCCUCGAUUUCAGAGAAUGAUUCCCGAUCUGGGCCUGCAUUCAUUGUGGUCCCAGUUGGCUCUUAUGGCCUCGGCGUCUGGACGAGUUCUUCUGAUAUUGACUGCCUGUGCAUUGGCCCAUUCAGCUCAAAGACAUUCUUUGCAUUGGCUGUUCAAAGGUUGAAGCGAGCGACGACCUUGGGCGUCAGAAUCUUGCGACGAGUUAAGGCCAAUUCAGGUAACAUGCUGGAGUUAGAAGUCAAUGGCAUCAAGGUCGAUCUCCAGUAUUGUGCAGCUGCAUCGAUAGCUGAGAGAUGGCCUGAAGUUAUGAAGCGCCCAGCCAGCGACCCAGCGUUUGCUUUGUCUUUCCAGGCACUUGCUAAGCUUAAGCCUGUUCGCGAUCUGUUCUACCUUCGCCGCUCACUUCCAGAUAUGGUACAGUAUCGAAUGGCGCACUUGUUCAUCAAAUCUUGGGCCCAGGCGCGAGGUAUUUAUUCGGCAAAGUUUGGAUUCCUCGGUGGUAUUCAUAUUAGCGUCCUCCUUGUACCGGUCUGUAAAGCACUGGCUUACGAGAAUGAAACUGUAACCCCAGCCGACAUUGUCGUCACAUUCUUUCAUUAUUACUCAGAAUUCGACUGGAAGAACUCGAUGGUUUUUGAUCCGUUCUUUCACAAAGAAUUGAGAUAUAACCGAACAUUCCGAGAACCCCUCUGCCUGAUCGGUUGGCAUGCCCCAGCACUCAACACUGCCCCUAUCGCGUCUAUCCCAACAGUGGCCACCAUUUCUUCUGAGUUUGGUCGUGCCAAAAGGAUGCUAUCAGAUGAUGACUGUAUCUGGGGUAAGCUGCUCGGUAUUGAACCCGAGACAGCUCUAGGAUCAGUUCAAGCCCCAGCAGCUACAGAGUUUUUGCAUGCAUUCAAAACAUACAUCAAGAUUGAUGCGCAUUACUGGGGCCCGUCGCAGGAAAAGAGUGGCCGUUUCAUCGGCUGGCUUGAGUCGCGCUGUGUUAUGCUACUAGUUGAUAUAAACAGGAAACUGAAGCAUCUACUCGCACGCAUUUGGCCAUCUCGGUUCUUGGAUGUGUCCGCUGGAGCAGAGACAUCUGGCGCAGAAUAUCAUGGUUGUUACCUCAUUGGCCUUGCAUGGGACGAUGACUCAAACAAAGAAGAUGCUAAGGAGGUGGGUAUGGCCAUGCAGACAGUACUGCAAGACUUUGAAGCGAGGAUUCGCCGAGACGAGAAGUACUAUGACUCUCAGUUCUGUUGGAUGAGUGCAACUGUCGCAAGGGCUCAUGAUCUUGGUACAUUGGAAGUUGAUCAGAGUCUAUGGGGAGAAUAUGGGGGCGAGACAGAUGAUGACGAAUCCGAUGAAGAGCUCGACGAAGAGGAAGAUUUCGACGAUGCUGAGGAGGAAUCAAAAGGGCAUAAGAGCACAGGGCCUGGGUCCAGAGCUGCGGUUGUGGGCAAGACACCAGGGCUGGGCAAGUUUCGCACAGCUGCUGAUGUGCUCAAUCGGCUUCGCUGGGACCCCAAUUUCGAUUCAGGCGACUACAUCAUUGGCUACGAAGACCGCUUUCUCGGAGCUCGUGAGAGGGCAGUGGAACAUUGGAAGACGGAACAGACUGAUGAGGAGUUUAUCCCGCAGCACCGCAUACUCUACUUCAAACGGAGGGAGGACAAUGUCAUUGUGUGGGAGCGACGGACGCGGAUUGACGAGAUCUUUGGCAGUGGUGUCAAGAUUGAUAGGUGAAGUCUGUACAUGACUUGUCAUAAUCGAAUUAAGGGCCCUCAAAUCACAGCAGAGAUCGACACAGGAACAUGGAUCUGGUCUGACAGAGAAGCAGGCUAGCGCGUGUGAAGUAAAUUCGGUGUGCCGCGUUGCGCAGCUGCGAGACAGAUGGAUAUGAUGCAUGUGCAUGUGCUAGAUUAAGUAAAUUACUUAUUAGAUUAUGUAUAUACAUGUUGUGUCGAAUGGCGACAAACAACUUGCUCGUAUCUGGUUUCGGGCACCACUGCAUGGUAAGACCCGAGCGAGGCCCGAGAGUGGUAUCCUGUCAUUGUCAGGGAUAGCAUUAAGUAUCAUGGGGAAGUGUGCGACAAUCGGUUGCUAUCACCCAAUAACCUCCAGAAUAAGCCCCAGCAUCGCCUUUGCGAGGCCAGGUAAUUUACAAUGCGGGAGUCUCCGAGGCCCAAGACAUGGAGGAAAUGCAAGAUAUUGGACGACGAGAGUGAAAAUGCCAGCCCACUUAUGGGCUCUCCAAAAGGCUUGGUUACCAGAUGACAGCUGCCAUCUGCUGGGAACUAGGAUUCAAGUCCCAACUGGCGUGGCGCCAAAUUCCAGGAGAUUGGACUAACAGUUGCAUCACAUGCAUGAUGACGAUGACCUCUAUGGCUGGCAGUUGAAGGGCUGCUCUCAUUCUCGCCGUGGCAUGUGGUGAAGGAAGUAUAAAACCUUGCAUGAUGACGCGCUAGGUACGUGGGGGGUGGGACUGUUUCAUGUUUCAAUCCAUCCGUAGAAAGAAGGCAGUAAAGCCCCCCUGCACAUAUCUCCGGUCCCUCCCACAUACGAAGACCACCUCGACUCGAAUUGAAAUCGCAUCAGCCUCACUUUCGGGUCCACGGAUAACACCAUCGUGGCAUUGCUGGCUCAGACCCUUGAGGAUGGAUAGAGUAUAAAGCUUCCGGAACCGUUGAUCGGUUCUCCUUCAGGCCUUUGAAGCAAAAAGCACUCCAUCUCAACUUGAAUAACAUCGUCCUCCCCACACGAGCCAAGUGACCUACACAAAACUCUCAAUUACUUUCUCAGCACCUUCACCAUGGCCGUUGUCGAAUCUCAGUUGCCUGUCAACAGUUGCUGUACUGCCUGUUGCAAAGCAAACGAUCUCGGAACUCACGACUACUGCGGCACAUGUCCCAGGUGUCCCUCCUGAUGACUCUGCAACUCGCCAGUCGCCUCUGUAGCCUCAAUAAACGGGCCAGAGGACCAAACAAUGUUUUUGGCUGCGCUGCUGUUCUCAAAUUACUUUUGCUCGACUCCUGAUUCGCGUGGCUGCCCAGCAUCUUUGAGGAUCGCCAGGACUUGAAAUUGGAUUGAGCAUGGCAGUAAAUGAGGGGGGAGAUGGAAUAGCAGGUGAAUAAAUCCUUCAGGCUUCAUACACUGUGCCUCGGGCAAGAUCGGGGAAACCGGUUGGUUGGGUGAAUCAAGAUGGUGACAAGAUAUUGAUGAUAAUCAUCUGGGAUAAACAUCCUGGAACCAAGAGCGGAACUGCUGCUAUAGGUCGGCUAGCAGCACACGUCGUUCCAUUUCUCAUCAGCGUGUCCUCGUCCAUAGUGCCUAAAGGUUCAGGCUCAUAAUUACCCCCUUUGCCCUAUGCUCAGGAAGCCAAACUGGAAAACACAGCGGCGAUGGAAGUCUUAUCAUAUUUGACGUACUUGCCUUUGCCCUUGUCGAUUUCGUGAUACCGGUCCCAAAACCGCUCGUAGAGAGGCUGCAAUUUCUGGCGAAUGUCCUCCCCAAACAUUCGCCGGACUUCCCGCUCCAUGCUGUACGAUUUGUGUCGAGAAACCAUGUCGUCAAAUGCGCUGUUGAAUUGCGUGAACUUCUCUUUGAUCCUGUCUUUGUCUUUGCUUCCCAGCCCCUUGACGAUCGAAGUAGAGUCGACAGGUCCAGAAGUUGGACGAUGCGCACGAUUGGUAUGUACAGUGUCGAACAGGUGGACGGAAAGGUCUUUGCAAACAUCCGUAUAAGCUGCCGUUGCCUUUUUGCGCCAUUGCUCGAGAAUGUCAAGUUUGUUCUCCAGCAGCCCGCUAAGUUCCGAGUUCUGAACCAUUCUUCCAAUGAUGACAACGCUAUUGGCCAGAAAUACUCCAGCAACAGCUCUGCUCUUCAUGAGCACGCGUGACUUCUGGUCCAAACCAGAGAGGAGCAUUUCGAUAGUAUCAGUGCAGUAAUGCGAAAAGAUCUCUUUACCAUCCGCUCCUAUAUCGAACGAUGCUAGACUGGGAAUUGCAUCGGUCGAGCGUCCGCUAGCCGCCGCGUUGGAGUUCCAUCCGCCAUCCCCUAAUGAUAUCAUUAUGCUCGAGAUGGGGCGUAGAAAGUGUACCAUCGUCUGAAGGCGCUGCAUUGUCUCCGAGACGAGGGAUAUUGGAGCGCCAUCUGAGGGUAACAUCUGUAGCAUGCUGAUCUUGCGCCUGGUCUCGUCAAGGAGCUCCGCAAGGGACGACUUGGCGGUCUCUCGAACAGGCUUCAGGGCUGCAGCGAGUGCUCCUUUCAAUUCUCCGGUGCGUGUUUCGAGCUUGCCUGAAAGAGCCGAGAUGAUCUCGGUGAUUUCAUAUGCCAGAUAACAGUCGGUGUUGAGGUGAUUUUUGAUAUGAGCAUUGAGUUCACGCAACGUUCGGGCAAGCUCAGCCAUCGCUGCCUGGCAAGUUGACUGGAAGACCACACCCCAAUCCUCACGCGAGAAGACACUGCACACAUUGUCGUAUUCGGAGACAAAAAGGCCCUCCAUAGCUUGCGAGUAGGUCCCUAUUCCGUUGGUCCCCGCACGGUAGACAGCAUCUGGGCUCUUCUUCUUGGCGGUGUUGACACUUGCGGCAGCAAGGUUGGCCAAGGAUGUUGAGAGGUAUGGGCCGCGUACCUCUGCAUAUAUAUGGGCGAGCUCAGAGGAUCCGUUGUGGUGACUCUCGAUGACAUAUGAAUAGACCAGACCGAGCCGGGCUAUUUUGUCCUGAGGUAGUGUUGGGAAAGGCUUGUCUUUUGUGAUAAAGUGCAACGGCUCGACGGAUCGAGGAGU